CAGACCCGGAGCAGCAGCGGCUUUGGCGGUCUUGGCGGUCGGAGGUCCAGAGCACCAGGGCGCGAGGGUGUCCAGACUGUUUCAGGCCAUCCACGAGCCAGCAGGAAAGAAUUUCCAGCCAGAGAAAGACGACAUCCGAAGUCCCAAUGCACAGAUCAGCCCCCAGUCAAACCACCAAGAGGAGCCGAUCGCCAUUUUCCACCAAUCGUCAUCGUUGGGAUGACAGUGAGAAUUCAGGAAGCAGCCUGAAUGUUGAUAAUGAGGACUACUCCAGGUACCCGCCCAGAGAGUACAGGGGUCUGGGUAGCAGAAGAGGAAUGGCUUAUGGACAUAUUGACUCUUUCAGGGCAGAUGAUAGCGAGGAGGAGGGGGCUGGGCCUGUGGAGCGAGUGCCAGUGAGAGGGAAAGCUGGCAAGUUUAAAGGUGAUAAGCUGUAUGACCCAGAGAAAGGGGCAAGGUCUUUGGUUGGUGUGCCCCCCCAGUUCUCUAGUUUUAACAGUGAUGUGAGAAAGGAGCUUGACCCAGCCCCUACAGUGAUACGCUCUACUGGCAGAGCUGAGUUCCUGCAGCAAAAGAGCAUGGCUCCUCAGACCUCUGCUGCUGACACGAAGUUGGUUACAAAAGGCGACAGCCUGGAGAGGGACAGACAGGAGCAGAAUGUACCUGUGCGUCCCAGCAGAGGUCCUGUGAUUGUUCGUGCUGGUGGGGAAAGCAUCCCUAAGGCUGCAGAGGAACCAGUGGUGAGGCCCAAAAUCAGAAAUCUGGCCAGUCCAAACUGCGUGAAACCAAAAAUAUUUUUUGAUACUGAUGAUGAUGACGAUAUGCCACACAGUACUUCCAGGUGGAGGGACACUGCCAUCACUGGUGAGUGCCACUUGGGCAGCCGGGCAAGGAGAGGCAGAGGCGAGAGUUCAAGUGGCUACUCUGAGCCGAAGUAUCCUGAGGAUGAGAGGGAAGCCAGGAACGACCAAGUGAAGCCAGAAAAGGUGCCAAGACGGCAAUGUACCAUGGCUGACCAUGACUUCUGGACAUUCAAUGAUGAUUACUACAAAUAUUGCGAUGAAGACUCUGACAGUGACAAAGAGUGGACUGCUGCUUUGCGUCAGAAGCAUGGAGACUGGGAGAAAAACCCGUCGUCCAAUGGCGAAAGCUGGGAGACUCUGCCGGGGAAAGAAGAGCAGGAACCUGAGCCAGCCAGAGUGAAUACCGGAGUGAUUGUCAACGCCGGUGCUAGCCCCAGUGCUAGUGCCAUCUCUGGCAGCAAUGGCAGCAAUGAACUUGAAGAAGUUCAAAGACCAGCUCUUCAGGAAGUGGAGCGGGCAUUGCCGGAAGAAGGUGAAGUUCCUUGGCUCCAAUACAAUGAAAAUGAGAGCAGCAGUGAGGAGGAUAAUGAUUCUGGUCAGGAGUUUCUGCAUCCUGGGGUCUUCAUGCUGGAUGGCAACAACAACCUCGAAGAUGACUCCAGCGUGAGUGAAGACCUAGAAGUGGAUUGGAGCCUCUUUGAUGGAUUUGCAGAUGGGUUGGGGGUGGCCGAAGCCAUUUCCUAUGUGGAUCCUCAGUUCCUCACGUACAUGGCACUUGAAGAACGCCUGGCACAGGCAAUGGAAACGGCCCUCGCACACUUGGAGUCUCUUGCAGUGGACGUGGAGGUGGCCAAUCCACCAGCAAGCAAGGAGAGCAUCGACAGUCUUCCUGAGAUCCUGGUCACUGAAGACCACAGUGCAGUAGGGCAAGAAAUGUGUUGCCCCAUAUGUUGCAGUGAAUAUGUGAAGGGGGAGGUGGCAACCGAGCUGCCAUGCCACCACUAUUUCCACAAGCCAUGUGUGUCCAUCUGGCUUCAGAAGUCCGGCACUUGCCCUGUGUGCCGCUGCAUGUUCCCUCCCCAACUUUAAGACCAAGGCUCUUUCCUCCUGGUCUACUGAUUUUCCCCAUCUGAAACCCACAAUACUGCAGGAUCCCUCUCAGAAUUAACAAUUGCAAUGAAACCAAUCAGUCCAUUAAUCUAGUAUAUCAGUUGAUUUCUUGUGAUCAUUUCCAAUGUGAAACGGUUGUGUACGAUUGCAUUAAAAAUCAUACUGUGUUUUAGAGGUGACAAAGGGAAAACUAAACUUUCUAAAUGCUACUUAAGAUUGCAAUAAGAACAUACAUUUUCUAACCUGAACAUUAAAAUCUGUUGCAUUUGUUUUUUCAGUAGAUAUGUUGCUGUUAAUUAUGAUAUCAAGUUUAUCUGUUAAAUAUGUCCAUAAGGCAUCCCCAUUUCUGUUGCAUGUAUGGGUUAAUGUUCCUGUAAUUACAGUGCCAGAAAAGCUUAUUAAAGUUCUUCUUUUGGUUUUACAUGCUA